AUGGCGAAACCCGGAGAGGACGGCGUGGAGGGGAGCGCGCGGAACGAGACGCGGACGAUGGAUGACGCGGACGUCCCGGAGAUGAUGGAGACGGGCGGGACGGACGCGGGAAGAGCGCGGAGCGGGUCCGAGAGCGAAUCCUCGGACGCGGAGACGGACGCGGAGACGGCUGACGAAGAGUUUCGAGUGGGCGUGCUCGCGCUGAGGAGUGGGGACGUGGAGGAGGCGUUGAGGCGAUUCACGCGGGCGGCGGCGGCGCUGCCGCGCGGAGAGACGGCGGCGCGGGAGAAACUGUCGAACACGAUCGCGCAGACCAGGGCUCUGCUCGAACAGGAAGAAUGGGAAGACGAUAAGGAAGAGGAUGAACUCGAUGAGAACGUCACGAGCGAGGAAUUUUCUCGGGAACAGGAUGGUGAUGAACGCGCGGAGAACGCGCCGCACGAUUUCGCGAUUGAAGGAUGUUCGGACGACGACGAGUUCCACGACGCGAGCGAUGUGGGCGGCGCCCCUUCGGACGGGGGAUGGAGCGAGACCGACGCUAGUCUCGCGGAAGACGCGUACCGAACCGCGGUAUGGCUGUGGAAAUCCGCCGCCGAGGAGGAUCGACCGGCAGAUGUGGCAAUGAUCGUCGACUUACUUGAAAGAGCUCGGCAGUUCUGUCCGCCGUCACGCACCGACGCGAUCGAUCGCAUAGAUGCGCUCCUAGAGCGUGUUCGAGACUAG